UUCCGGCCGCAGUCUGCCUCAGCACCUUGCCAGCCCACAAUGCCCUUGGAUACUGGCGUGACUGCUUCAGAGAAUCUGCGGUAGAGACCAACUUUGCAUCUCUCACAAAUCCCGGAUACUCGCACUCAGCAGAUAGAAUAACUUGGGGGUCAUAGCCGUUGCCCCUGUAUUGUAGUGUCUGAUGAUUUUUACCUAUAUGCUCGUCUAUGUGGUUGGAAUACGUGGGCGGAUAACUGACAGAGCAGCGACUCCCGCUGCCUCACUGGUUACCUGCUCCUACAGCGGUAUUGCGGCAGAGCGAAAGACUGCAAGCGUUUUUUACUGAUUGUGCGGACUUUUCUCCAAACAUUUUUGCAUGGAUGUAUAAUGGCUACGCUUGUAUGCAGGAUACAGUUCUUAGAUGACACUGAUCCGUUCAAUAGCACGAAUUUUCCGGAACCGACCAGGCCUCCUCACUAUACAUUCAGAGAAGAUAUUCCUCUGAUAAAUCAAAUUGCUGGAGUGCACAGGCUUCUCAAGGCACCGCAAAAGCUCGAUGACUGCACGCUGCAGCUGUCUCACAAUGGAAGCUACUUGGAUCUGGAGUCCACAUUGGCCGAGCAGAGGGACGAGCUGGAGGGCUUUCAGGAAGACGGAGGGAGAGGGAAGAAGCACAGUAUCAUCCUCCGGACCCAGCUGUCUGUGAGAGUUCAUGCCUGCAUUGAGAAGCUGUACCACUCCAGUGGUCGCGAGCUGAGGAGAGCACUGUUUUCCCUCAAGCAGAUCUUCCAGGAUGAUAAGGACCUGGUGCACGAGUUUGUGGUGGCGGAGGGACUCGCCUGCCUCAUCCGCGUGGGGGCCGAGGCCGACCAGAACUACCAGAACUAUAUUCUCAGAGCUCUGGGGCAGAUCAUGCUGUAUGUGGACGGGAUGAACGGACUCAUCAGCCACAAUGACACGGUGCAGUGGCUCUACACUCUCAUCGGCUCGAAGUUCCGUCUGGUGGUGAAGACGGCUCUGAAGCUGCUGCUGGUGUUUGUGGAGUACACAGAAGCCAACGCUGCCCUGCUCAUCCAGGCUGUCACCGCCGUGGACACCAGCAAAGGUCGUAAGCCGUGGUCCAAUGCCAUUGAAAUUCUGGAUGAAAAAGAUGGUGUGGACACAGAGCUCCUGGUUUAUGCCAUGACUCUCAUAAACAAGACCCUGGCCGGGCUCCCCGAUCAGGACUCUUAUUAUGACGUGGUGGACUCUCUGGAGGAGCAGGGCAUCGAGGCCAUGGCACAGCGACACAUGAACAGGAAGGGCACCGACCUCGACCUGGUGGAACAGUUCAACAUCUACGAGAUGGCCCUUCGGAAUGAGGACGGGGACGAUGACACCCAGCCUCCUCCCCCUGGGCGUAAGGACCGGCGGCGCGCCAGCGUAGGGGGACCACCUGAGAGGAGGGGGUUGGAGAGGAGGCGCAGCAGACGACACUCCCUACAGAACGGCAAGGGCCCAGCCUCGGCCCCCGUAUCACCUAGCAGCCACGUCAACGGCAACAGUUUCCCGUCGUUAAACGGCUCCAGGAUCGAGGACAUCACUGAAAGACAACAUGGCCACUGCACCCCCUAUCCUGGCAGAUCCCACUGCUUGUCCAGUGCUCCUUCCACCCCUCAAAGCCGCUUUGCACCUUCCACACUCCCAUCUCCCUCAGAGCCUAAGACAGACAGACCCUCUAUUGGGGGCUUGCUGUCGUCUUCGUAUCGGCAGCAUCAGGAGUCGUUAGCUGCGGAGCGCGAGCGGCGGCGCGUGGAGAGAGAAGAGCGACUGCACAGGAUCGAGAGGGAAGAGAGGAGCCGCUUCAAUCGAGACUACGUCGACAAGCGGGAGGAGGUCAGGCAAUCGCGAGAGGACAGGUAUAAGCAGGUGGAGAGGAUAGCGGCGGAGGAGAGCGAGCGGGAGCGCGUGAGAGCGCCAUCCAGAGGCCGCACCGAGAUCACGCUGAGCCUCAGCUCGCGCAGCAGCGGCCCUUCCCCUCACGGAUCCAGUGCAGAGCCCGACACACGUGCACACGCCUCGCCUGUAAAUGAGGUCCGGUUGAAGCCAAGCCAUGACCCACAGACUCCUACCCGUUCGCGAGCAUCAAGAGUGGAGCGCUCACCAUCUGCGUCCCCCUCAGCACCUCCCUCCCCAGGCAUCUCCUCGCUCCCUCGCUCCCCCUCUGCACCUCGUUCUUCCCCAGGCAUCCCCUCUCUCCCUCGCUCCCCCUCUGCAGAACCGACGACUCCCUCAGUCAUCCCUUCGCUCCCUCGCUCCCCCUCUAGAUACAACAAGCACCAGUCAGGAGAGGAGCGUGUCACGUCACCCGCACAACCCAGCAGGCCUGUGGAGACACAGCCAGUAGCAGACAAGACAGUGGUAAAGCAGGAGGUGAAGCAGGAGGACAGGACUAGGGGACAUGCAGCGGAGGUGAAACCAUCCCAACCAGAACCGCAGCAACCGGUGGAGCAGGAGGUGGCGGCGGAGGAGGAGAGCGCAGGCAUGGAGGCAGAGGAGGAGGAUGAGGAGGUGGUUGAGGGAGGGAUGGAAGGAGAGGAGGAGGAGGAGGAGGAGGAGGAGAACUUCCCGAAGGAGCAGACCCUGGAGAGGGAGAUGGAGGAGAGCAGCCUUCUGAGCGAGAAGGAGAGGCAGAAUGAGGAGGUGAACGAGAAGGACAACUGCUCGGCCUCCAGUGUCUCCUCCGCCAGCAGCACACUGGAGAGAGAGGAGAAAGAGGAGAAGCUCAACAGUGAUAACAACUCAGGCCAAUGGUCCGAAGAUGUGGAUGCCAGUGAGCAGUGUGAGAAGUUACUCAACGGCUCCCGUUUCAGGCUGGACAAACUGUACGGCCAGAAGAAAAAGCCACUAGAGGAUGGGGACAAAGAGAAAGAGGCGGAGAUGGAGACCGAGAAGCAGAGCAGCUUGUUGGGCCAGGACCUGGCCCUUCGCAUCUCCACACUGGGGGUUCGGCAGCAAGCGAGCGAGGAGAACAUCAAGAAGAUGGACAAGGGCCAUUUGGACAACUCAGGCAACGUGCGGCUGGUAGCGGAGAGGUUCGGCGACUUGGUCAAGGGCCUGGCGUCAACGCUGGAGAACGCUGAGUCACCAGAGAAGCAGGCCCUGGACUUAUUGUCCCCUGACAAAUUGUCCCCAGACAAGAGCCCUUCAACAACACCCAUACAGACUCCUCUUCCAGCCCCGCUUCCUAAGAAGGAGUCUGAGCAGAUCUGGGACCAGCUGAUGGCUUGUCCCCGUGAGCUGGUUAUCAAGGAGAUGAACUUCACUGACUUGACGGAGGAGGACGACGUAGAUAUACUGGACUCUGUGAGCAUUAUGGGUUUCUCAGACCUCACAACGCCUCCUCCACUUCCGCCACCUCCCCCCAGCUUGUCCAUGAUUCCCCCACCGCCUCCACUCAUGGGCUGCUGCCCCCCUCCCCCUCCCCCUCCACCAGGCAUGAUGCGCAUGCCACCCCCUCCGCCUUUCAUGGCGCAGCCGCCCCCGGCCCCUUCGCUGUUGAACAACGCUGGCGAGUCGCCACUCUUCCAAAAGAAACGGAAGACCAUUAGACUGUUCUGGAGCGAGAUCCGGCCCAGUGACUGGCAGUACCCGGGUCAGAAGCAGAACAGGGAGUCCCUGUGGUCCAAACUGGAACCGGUCAAACUGGACACGUCCAAGUUCGAGCACCUGUUUGAGACCAAGUCCAAGGAGCUGCCAGUCACAAAGAAAACAGCUGCAGAUGGUAAACGUCAGGAGAUUAUUGUCCUGGACUCCAAGAGGAGUAAUGCCAUCAACAUAGGCCUGACGGUCUUACCCCCUCCGCGCACCAUCAAGACAGCCAUCCUCAACUUUGACGAGUACGCCCUGAACAAGGAGGGCAUAGAGAAAAUCUUGACGAUGAUCCCCACGGAGGAGGAGAAGCAGAAGAUCCAGGAGGCCCAGCUGCUGAACCCAGAGAUCCCCCUGGGCAGCGCCGAGCAGUUCCUGCUCACGCUCUCCUCCAUCACCGAGCUGUCCGCACGCCUGCAGCUCUGGGCCUUCAAGAUGGACUACGACACCAUCGAGAAGGAAGUGGCUGAGCCCAUGCAGGACCUGAAAGAAGGGAUGGAGCAGCUGGAGAACAAUAAGACGCUGCGCUACAUUCUGUCCACGCUGCUUGCGAUUGGCAACUUCCUAAAUGGCACCAACGCAAAAGGUUUCGAGCUGUUUUACCUGGAGAAAGUUCCAGAAGUAAAGGACACGGUGCACAAGCAGUCUCUCCUUCACCAUGCAUGCUCGAUAGUGGUGGAGCGCUUUCCAGACAGCACAGACCUCUACUCGGAGAUUGGAGCCAUCACCCGCUCUGCCAAGGUGGACUUUGACCAGCUGCAAGACAACCUCUGCCAGAUGGAACGGAGGUGCAAAGCAUCAUGGGACCACCUGAAGGUCAUCUCCAAACACGAGAUGAAAGCCUCGCUCAAGCAGAGGAUGUCGGACUUCCUUAAGGAGUGUGCAGAGCGAAUCAUCAUCCUCAAAAUAGUGCAUCGCAGAAUCAUCAACAGGUUCCAUGCCUUCCUGCUUUUCCUGGGCCACCCACCAUACACCGUGCGGGACGUGAGUGUGCACCGCUUCAGCAAGAUCCUGAGCGAGUUUGCGCUGGAGUAUCGCACCACCCGUGAGCGGGUGAUGCAGCAGAAACAGAAACGGGCCAACCACAGGGAGAGGAACAAGACCCGGGGCAAAAUGAUCACUGAUAGUGAUGAGGACGAGGAUGGUGAGGGAGGGAAGUUUGGUGGCUCCGGCUCCGAGGCUCCUGAGGCCCAGGGUCUGGGGUAUGCGGAGGACGCUGCCGAGCACGAGAACAUGAAGGCUGUGCUCAAGAGCAGCCUCCAAGGCACCGACAGCGGCUCCUCAACAGUCCCUGGCCUUCGCACUAGGACCAGAGCCAGCAGAGGAUCUUUGCUAGGCCGGAACAGUUUAUGGUCAUCAGCAAACGAUGAGGCAACAAUUUGCACAGACGACGCCGCUGAUGAAAUCAUGGAGCGCAUUGUGAAGUCCGCCACUCAGGGGCCCAGUCAGCGGACACAACCAAGAGAGAGGAGGAGGUCCAGAGCCAAUCGCAAAUCCCUACGGAGAACAUUGAAGAGUGGCUUGAGCCCAGAGGAGGCCCAGGCUCUGGGACUGUCCAGUGGAUCUGAGAUGCAGGUGUGACGAUGCUGUGAGAUCCAACAACUGCAAAUCCAGCACGAGUGUUCCUUCUCUCACACAUUUGUAAUAGGUGGAGGCAAAAGACCCUGUUCUCACAACCCCGGGACACAAAUGUGACCCGUGGUCCUUGUCCCCCUAGCUUUGACUGGAUUUUCUAGCCCUUGGUUUCUGAUACAAUCACGCUGGUUGUGUGAGCCUGGUCAUGCAGUGGAACCUGUUUAUUAACUGUGUGCUGCUUUAAGCACAUCUGCACGUACACACACAUACAGCUCUGCAAUGACUUUGAGAAGCAGAAUGUUCAUUCUACCAAUCUUGGUGGCCAGAAGACCAUUGUCUCACUCUCUCACUCAGGGCUCUCAACCCCAUCUCAGCUUCCACAAGCAAUGCAUGACACACAUCUCAAACUGAACUUUAGUGACUGAGGUGUUCCAAAACCACUGAUGCCUUUUUAUAAAACAUAUACCAACGAUUGUUCCGCUCACACAAUUCCAGUUUUGUAGCAGCUCCAAUGGAUGGAAUAUUGGUGGAUUUAGCGUUGAAAAACCAACAGUGGCGAUGUGAGCUGUUAAUGAAGGUUGUAGAUGUAUCCUACAGAAGAGAAUGGAAAAGGGAGUGUAUCUGCUGAGACUGAAGGAGACUUGGUGGAAGUACCAAGUUUAGGGGGGUGGGGAUGGGGGUGAGGGCAGUGAAUUGCACUUGGGCAGGAGAGGACUGACAUUUUAAUUCAGUGAGACAGCGAAUGACAUUGUGAAGACACAUGCACACACCUGGCACAAAAAUUACUGUUCAAAUGAAGGAUGCCUUCACUUGUCCUGACUGAGCAGCAGCACAGUGUGACUCUUGUUCUGUGUAUCUGGACACCAAACACACAUGAUCCCAUAUUGCUUCCCAAACAGUACUUACUUCAAGAUAUUUUUCUCAACAACCGUAUGAUUGCUUGUACACCUAACUAGUCACUGCAGAGUACAAACCACUGCUGAUCAAUGUACUUCUUUGUUUUAAUGCUAAGAUAGUACUGAGCUUAAAAUGAUCGAGUGCCUUUUGAGGAAAAGUAUUGUGUCCAUAAUCUCCCAUCACCUACACAAAUCCUGUAUGUACUUCUCUCUUGUUAUGACAAAACACAGGGGUGCAUUUCUCAAAAGUGUAGUUGCUAACUACAUUAGUUACUUUGUUGGUUGCAAUGCAAUUUCCCAUUGGCAACUACCGAAGUUGCUAACUGCUAACAACUACGCUUUCGAGAAAUGCACCCCAGAAUUGUGAACCUUUGUUUCAACUACAAUCAUUAUUCUGACACUUGACAGUCGAAAUUAUAACAAAAUGCUGGUUUUCUCUCUUAGGUUGUGAAAUGUGGUAGCAUCAAGCAAGCACCUUAUUAUUUGUAGAAAUUAUGGAGAAACAUUGGAGUGUAUUUACUGAAGCCUUUCUUCAUACAUGCUUCUCUGAGUACUGUACUAUGAAAUAAAAAAAGUAAAUCUUGUAAAAAUGGAAAAAACGAAUAAAAUGUAGAAGCAAAAAUA